CAAAUAAGAAUUUUUUUUUCAUGGAUGACUAUCAUUGUGAACUGAAUCAGCAUUGAGCUGAAAUAAUAGAGCGAGAGGAAGGUUUCAGAACCCUAAACAUUAGCAGAACCGAAAAAAUGAACACUCAGUUUGCCCGAUUUUGCACUUUUAGUCACACCUUAUGAACAAGAAUGCAGAUUGAUUUUUGUGGUAUUGUUUUAUAUUCAGAUUCUUGCUGAUAAUAUGAAUGUUCUAACUCCUUCGAUUUUUAUUUAUUUAUAUACAGUAAAGCCAAGGACAACUGAUGCUGUUGCGCAAGCAGGUUCUUUUCCCCACCCAAGCAGUACAAGGUUUCUACAGUAUGAGGAACUCAAAGAAGCAACAAACAACUUUGCAUCUUCAAGCAUACUAGGGGAAGGGGGGUUCGGCAGAGUUUUCAAGGGUGUUUUAAGUGAUGGUACUGCUGUAGCAAUUAAAAGGCUUACCAAUGGAGGGCCUCAAGGAGAUAAAGAAUUUUUGGUUGAAGUCGAGAUGCUUAGCAGGUUGCAUCAUCGUAAUCUUGUGAAACUUAUAGGUUACCAUAGCAGUCGCAAGUCUUCACAAAACCUGCUUUGUUAUGAGCUUGUUCCAAAUGGAAGCUUAGAAGCCUGGCUCCACGGUAUCUUGCCUCUCUCCAUUUGACCCCAUGUGCAGCUCAUUCGUUGAUGUUAUCCUUUUAUAUGCAGCCAGUUGUGAUACAUGAUACUGACUUUGCUCCUGUUUUGCCUCAGGCCCCUUGGGAGUAAAGUCUCCAUUGGACUGGGACACUAGAAUGAAGAUUGCACUUGAUGCUGCAAGAGGACUUGCAUACCUGCACGAGGACUCCCAGCCAUGCGUUAUCCACCGAGAUUUCAAAGCACCAACAUAUUACUCGAGAAUAACUUUCAUGCUAAAGUUGCCGAUUUUGGCCUUGCCAAACAAGCACCCGAAGGCAGAACAAAUUACCUAUCUACUCGCGUAAUGGGCACAUUUGGGUAUGUAGCUCCCGAGUAUGCUAUGACUGGACAUCUACUUGUAAAAAGUGAAGUUUACAGCUUUGGAGUUGUACUACUCGAGUUACUCACUGGAAGGACGCCUGUAGAUAUGUCACUGCCAUCUGGACAGAACCUCGUCACCUGGGCGAGGCCAAUCCUGAGAGACAAGGGUCGGUUGGAAGAGCUUUCUGAUCCAAGACUUGGAGGGAAGUACCCGAAGGAAGAUUUCAUACGGGUUUGCAUAAUCGCCGCUGCUUGUGUUGCUCCUGAGGCAAGUCAAAGGCCGACAAUGGGUGAAGUAGUACAGUCGUUAAAAAUGGUGCAGCGCGUUACGGAAUAUCAGGAUUCCGCAUCAACCAUUUCCAAUAACCUGCCCAACCGGAGACAGUCUUCUACUACUUUCGAGUCUGAUGAGACGUCUUCGGUGUUUUCUUCCGGUCCUUUCUCUGGUCUCGGUGCUUUAGACAAUAACAUCUCACGUACAGUAGUUUCCUCUGAAGAUCUUCAUGAGGGUCGAUGAACACUUUCCAAGGGAGAGUAAUUGAAGCAGACAACGAAAUACAAGAACGAGAAAUUUUCCCAGUAGGAAAAUUAGGAACUUUGAAAUAGGAUUUUCAGAGGGGUUUUAGUUUAUGUAGAAUUUUGAUGGAUGAGAAAUGGGCGCUUCUUCUUGAUCGUUUUUGUAUCACUGUUAAGUUUUCUCCAGG